UGUUUCAAUUAAGUACUAAAUGUUUGACUUUGAACAGUUGAUUAUUAUUUCGAGAAAUUUCCAUGGAUAUUGUUAUUAUGGAUUUCUGGAUAUACUCGUAUCCACCUUAUAAUUAUCGAAUGAAAGAAGUAUGUUUAAUCAUUUUAAAGCCUGACUCCUCAACCCCUGAGCUCAUUAUUCAUGGAGUUUUUCGACCUCCAUGCGAUUCUGAGUCUUUACCAGAGUAUAAUAAAUAUGUUUAUGGAAUUAAAUAUGCUUUGUAUGGUAUUCCAUGGGAUCGAGGUCAUCUCAAUGUUGAAGAACAGUCUAAUUUCUUAAUAACACAGCUACAGAAUGCUGAUAAAAUUUUUGUUAAAAGUCGAAGACACAAAGAUGAGUUGUGCCAGGUGAUUGGACAUUUCAAACAGGAAUAUAUUAUUUGUUUGACUGAUGUUGAUAAUUUUGAGGAUAAAGUUAUUACAAAAACCAGUUGCAUUUAUCAUAAUUUUCCUCGCGAAAAUUACUGUGUUAUAGAUAAUGCAAAAUACAUGAGAGAUUGGUUGCUCAAUUUUUCAAAUUAUUAUUUGAUAUCUAAACGUAAGCAUGAGUCUGAUGAUGAUAAUGGCAACGAACGUCCAUUGAAAAUGAUCAAACUUGAUGGAUCAAACAAUAAUUAGAAAAAUGAAAGUUUGAUAAUGAUUUAUAUUAUUUCAAAGAUAAAUCCUAAAUAUUUCUAGAGAUUUCUAGAAAAGCUAAAAAUUGACGAAAUUCUUGGGAUGAAAAAUAGCAAAUAUUUUCACUAGGGUGAAUUAACUUAUGAGGUACUUAUUUCUGUAUUUACGAACAAUUUUCAUAUUUGUGCUAUUUAUUCCCCCCUAAAUGACACUAAUGAAGACAAUUUAUCAGACUCUUUUCACAAUAUAACUCUGAUUUUAUUUAUAUAUGUUCUCGAGGGAUAAAUUUGAGAGUCAGUAUUGUCAACUUCUCUAUUCGUGCUCUAUCGCUCUCAUUAGUAAGCCUCAGUAUAACAAACAAGACUUGUCUGAGUAGGCAGAGUGUGGCUUCCAAAUUUAGAAAUUAUGCUAAUCACCUCGCUGUCAUUACUGAAAGCCACAUUGAGGGUUUCUUGCAAAUUUAACCCUAAGCCUUUUAAAAAUUCAUCGUUAACAUUAUUUUAUUUAUUCAUUCGCACUUAAAUGUCAUUCUUUUUU